UCGUAAAACUUUCAGUGGAAAUUUUAUCUAAUACUGCUUUCUAGUAAACCAUCAACAUGAAUAUUGCUCCUUUAUCUCCUGCCAGUGGCAUUGGACGUUUCUACAAAAAAUCUGCAAAAAUUAUACGUUUUGUAAGACAAGGAUGCACGAACCGGCCAUUCUAUCACAUUGUGGUUAUGGAGCGUCGUAAAAAUCAACAUCAGCCCGUUAUAGAACAAGUAGGCACUUAUGAUCCCAUGACAAAUGAGCACAACGAACGUUUGGUUUCAUUCAAUUUUGAACGUAUUCGCUUCUGGUUGGGCAAGGGAGCUCAUAUGUCAACACCAGCGGCUGAGUUGUUGGGCAUAGCUGGUCUGUUACCUAUACACCCACGCACUUAUAUGACAGCCUGGCGUAAUCGCCAAACUGCUGCUGCGGGAGAAAGCAAUAGUGAAGGAGCAGAAGGUCCUAUUAAAAUGGAUAAUUAGAUGUUUUGUUAAAUUGCUAAGUAUAAUUUUAUUUUAGAUGUUAUUGUUAACAAAUUUUUAAAUAAACUAAAACAUGUAUUUGAUAUCAAAA